CACUCGCGACUUCACGUUGAGACGGCCGAGGUGCCUUCCGCUUCCAUUACAUUGUCUUACAAUCUCGACGCCUAGAGGUUGACCUCCAUCUUCUUGCGACUUUUGCUUCGCCUUCAACGCACUUUCGGGCGCACCAUUGUCUGCCAAGAAGUCUCGGCAUUAUGUCAGAUGUGGACGACGAGCUGCUAGCUCUCGCUGGAGGAGAUGUGUCGGAAGACGAUGCUCGACGGGCAUCGACGGGGUCGAAGAGGAAAGCUGGUGGCGGCGUCUCGACGUCGCGGAAACGUGGCGGUGGUGCCAAAAAAAGGCGAAAGAGGCUGGACAGUGACGACGAAGAUGAAGAUGAAGAUGAAGAUGAAGAGGAGGAGGAGGAGGAGGAGGACGCAGAGGGUUCUCCCGACGAAGAUGCAGUAUCUGAUGGGUCGACAGAGCUAGAAGCGAACGUGUUUCCCGUAGAAGGGAUCUACAAAUCCGAAGCAGACAGAGAGCAAUUGCUGGACAUGCCCGAGAUCGAGAGGGAAACGGAAUUGGCUGCUAGAAGAGAUCAGAUCAGCAAAAGGAGACAGCAGAUGGAACUGAAGGCGCUUUGGCAGCGUCAGCAGGCUCAGCAUAACCGUGGUGGUGGUGGUGGUGCCGCACAGAGCAAGACCAAGACGAAGAGCGCAAGCAAGUCAAAGACCGUCAAGAAGAAGGGCUCUUUCAAAUUGGCUUCCAAGGCACGCAGCACGAGGUAUGCCGACGAGGACGAGCCUGCUGAGGAUGACGACGAGGAGCUGUCGGCAGAAGAGGAGGAGGAGAGCGAUUACGAGGCGGACCGAGGUCUGCGAAAGACGGGCCGAGCUCGCAAAGGAGUUGGCGCGAGCGACAGCAAGACCGCCAAGUUGCAAGAGUUGCAGCGUCGAAGGCGAGCCAAAGCGGGUGGGAAAGGAGCCGACGAGUCGCCAGGCAAGCGAAGAGGAGAUUUGGAGAGCGGCGAAGAUGAUGAGGAGCCGGAAGAUGAGGAAGACAGCUAUGCGAGCGAUUCGGAUGGUGGCUACGGACACGGGAAGGCAAGCAGGGGACGCUUUGAGAGCUCGAGAAGAGGAGCGAGUAGCACUUCGAAAGCGUCAGGAAGAGAAGCGAGGAGACUGGAAGAUGGCAAGGAGUGGACGCCUCCUGGCAAGGACGUACUCAACGCUGCUAGAGUGACUAGAGAUGCCGUCUCCAAGCACAUCUUCAAGACGGGCUGGCAGGACGCCCUGGUCGGCUCCUUUGUGCGUCUAGCCAUCAUGGAAGGAGGUCGUCAGCUGUACCGAGUGUAUCAGAUUGAAAACGUGAAAGAGGGCAGGCGCUACUACGACCUAGGGGAUGGGCGGGCUUUCACAAACUUAGAGAUAUAUGUGAACUUUGGAGUCGAUCGACAUGGGCCCUUCUCACUGAGUCAAAUGAGUAACUCGCCGUUCUCGGAAGACGAGGUGUCACGCUACAAUGCGGUGCAAGAGCAUCGAUUCAGGGCCAAGAACAGAAGAGGACCGUCAUCUGAGGCAGUACAAGACUCUGGUGAAGCCUGGCAAGCGUUCGUCGAAAAGCUGGUCCAGGAUCAAGUAGAGGCUCUUGACAUGGUUAAGCGUCGCAAGGAAGCUCGAAAAGCGUUCGAAGAGCAACAGAAAUCUCGCUCGAAUGGCAGAGGUCCUCCACCCGGUCCUCCGCCCAGCAGACCACCUGGCCUUGGCGACCUAACCAACGGUCAUGGCGCCUCUGGCACCGCCUCGCCAGUGCCGACUCGCAAAUUUGACGCUCUGACAGUUGCGGAGAUGAAUGAGCGCAACAGGAGAGCAGAGAAGGAACGCUUGAUCGACGUGGAUGUGAGUGUACGAAAGCAACGAGGCGCAAAGCGGCCGCUAAACGCGCAGCGCUGGCGGCCGAGGCGGGCGAGAAGAGCAAGCUGAAUGCCUUGCAGAGCGAAAACGAGUCGCAGGAGCAGAAGAGCGAAAAGAUCGUAUCGGCUUCCAAUACCGCUACCGCGCAUGCCGCUUCUCAGCAGACCAAGGAUCUGGAGGUGGACCUUGGUGACUUCUGAAUUGGGGGAUGCAGAGCGCUACCUCGUCCGAGUGCAGCAGAUUUGAAAUACGAUUUGCAUUCAAGGUUGCUGCUUCGCGCGCCAACAUGAAUCUCACGGCUGCACGCUCGGGGAAUUGGACGGCAACGGACAACACCAAAGGCACGCUUCGUCAUCCGCCUUGAAGUGACCAUCGGCUUGAGCGCCCGAGCACUCUCUCACACAUGAUCCUCGAAUAACGUCUAUGCGGCUUUUGCGCGAGCGCUGUCCAAGAAUAAGACGGGGAUCGGCAUUUCGAGAAGAGCAGAAA